GCGGGGAGUGGGGAGGAAUAGCCACAGUUAGAAACAUAUUGAAGGGAUAGCUACGGUUGUGAAAGUCAAGUCGCAGUUCUCCUUUCUUUUCUACUUAGGAUUUGCCCCAAUUGGCCCAAUAACGCUACAAUUCAGUCUUUUCUGCGCAUGUCAAGGACUUUUGUCCCUCGGCGGACACCGUUGCCAGCCAAAGCUAUGUCUGCGCGCUCGCCACUUUGGUAGGGAGCCGAAUUCUACCUUUUUCACCCGUGCCAUGGCGAGCCGAGGGGCUCGUCAGCGCCUGAAGGGGAGCGGGGGCAGCGGCGGGGACACGGUUUCGGCCGCCGACAAGCUGCGGGAGCUGCUGUGCAGCCGGGAGGCGAGCGGCGCGGAGCCACGGACCGAGUUGUCUGGGAACAAAGCAGGACAAGUCUGGGCACCCGAGGGAUCUACUGCUUUCAAGUGUCUGCUCUCAGCAAGGUUAUGUGCUGCUCUCUUAAGCAACAUCUCUGACUGCGAUGAAACCUUCAACUACUGGGAACCAACACACUACCUCAUCUAUGGGAAGGGGUUUCAGACUUGGGAGUAUUCCCCUGUUUAUGCAAUUCGCUCCUAUGCCUACCUGUUGCUUCAUGCCUGGCCAGCUGCAUUUCAUGCAAGAAUCCUACAAACUAACAAGAUUCUUGUCUUUUACUUUUUACGAUGUCUCCUGGCUUUUGUGAGCUGUAUCUGUGAACUUUACUUUUACAAGGCUGUGUGCAAGAAAUUUGGGCUGCAUGUGAGUCGGAUGAUGCUGGCCUUCUUGGUUCUCAGCACUGGCAUGUUUUGCUCAUCAUCAGCGCUCCUUCCUAGCAGCUUCUGUAUGUACACCACGCUGGUAGCCAUGACUGGCUGGUAUUUGGACAAGACUUCCAUUGCUGUGCUUGGAGUGGCAGCUGGGGCUAUCUUGGGCUGGCCAUUCAGUGCUGCCCUUGGUUUACCCAUUGCCUUUGAUUUGCUGGUCAUGAAACACAGGUGGAAGAGUUUCUUUCAUUGGUCUCUGGUGGCCCUAAUACUCUUUCUGGUGCCCGUGGUGGUCAUUGACAGCUACUACUACGGGAAGCUGGUGGUGGCACCACUGAACAUUGUUUUAUACAAUGUCUUUACUCCUCAUGGACCUGAUCUUUAUGCCUUUGCUUUGGCUCUUCUGGUCCUACCACUGACUUCUUUGAUGGAGUACCUACUGCAGAGGUUUCAUGUUCAGAAUUUAGGCCACCCGUAUUGGCUUACCUUGGCUCCAAUGUAUAUUUGGUUUAUAAUUUUCUUCAUCCAGCCUCACAAAGAGGAGAGAUUUCUUUUCCCUGUGUAUCCACUUAUAUGUCUCUGUGGUGCUGUGGCCCUUUCUGCACUUCAGAAAUGUUACCACUUCGUGUUUCAGCGAUACCGUCUGGAGCAUUACACUGUGACGUCGAACUGGCUGGCGUCAGGAACGCUCUUCCUGUUCGGCCUCCUGUCCUUUUCCCGCUCUGUGGCACUGUUCAAAGGGUAUCACGGGCCCCUUGAUUUGUAUCCAGAAUUUUACCGAAUUGCCACGGACCCAACCAUCCACACUGUCCCAGAAGGCAGGCCUGUGAAUGUCUGUGUAGGGAAGGAGUGGUAUCGAUUUCCCAGUAGCUUCCUUCUGCCUGAUAAUUGGCAGCUUCAGUUCAUUCCAUCAGAGUUCAGGGGCCAGUUACCAAAACCUUUUGCGGAGGGACCACUGGCCACCCGGAUUGUUCCUACUGACAUGAAUGACCAGAACCUGGAGGAGCCAUCCAGAUACAUUGACAUCAGUAAAUGCCAUUAUUUAGUAGAUUUGGACACGAUGAGAGAAACACCCCGGGAGCCAAAAUACUCAUCGAAUAGAGAAGAAUGGAUCAGCUUGGCCUACAGACCAUUCCUUGAUGCUUCUAGAUCUUCAAAGUUGCUGCGGGCAUUCUAUGUCCCCUUCCUGUCAGAUCAGUAUACAGCGUAUGCAAACUACACCAUCCUCAAACCCCGGAAAGCAAAGCAAAUCAGGAAGAAAAGUGGAGGUCAGCAACACGCCUGUGACCCCAAAGGACGACCAUCCUGUUAACUAGUGAUUGCACUGACAGGACGCCCUCCACAUCAUCAUUUGUAACGUUUGUAAUAAAGGCUGUCUGACACAGGAUUCUAGAAUCUGGGUGCUUUGGGCUGGUCAAAGUAAUUCCCAUUCAUGUCUUGCUGUGUCUCUGUUCUGCAUGUGAACUUUUUGCAGCUAGGCAGAAAAAGGCCUUAACGUCUGUAGGUAUGUUGCUCUACAGCUUACUGUUUUUCUUCUGUUCGAUAUUUACUAGACCGGAGAAGAGCAGAGCCACCUUACAGGAAGAAUUGAAAAUCCCUGAACUGGAUGGCUGCAUUAAACUCUCUCUCCAUACUCUGGCCUGGCAUCUGAGAACUAGCAAGCCUCUUUUGGGCCACACAGGCUUCUCCACCAAAGCUGUUUGGCAGCUCUUUGCAGACCUUACUCAAGUCCUAGUGCUGAAAAUGAGCACAGCCUAAUUGCCAACCUACAUGUCCUUUUCACCUUGUGCAGGACUAAGCUUCUCUAAAGCACUUCACAGGACGAGGACCCUGUCCUGGAGAUAUCUCAGGAAAAAGGCAACCAUUUGAGGAACUGUAAUCUAAUUUCAUUAUGUAGGAUGCCUCUUAUUCUCAGUUUAUUUCCUAUACAACAAACUGUGUUAAGUUUUCGCAUGCUGUUUCUUGAAUUCCAGACUUUUCUGUAUAAAAGCAUCAGCAGAGUAGACCAUAACUGUAUAGGACAUAUUUGGGGAAAAUUAAUUCGAUCACUUGGUAGGUAGGUUUGGAUGACCUCACAUUUUUAAGUAAUGUAUUUUGAGGCUGUUGAUGAAUUCCUGCCCCCCCACUUUUUUUAAAGAACCCUAGUGGAAAAGGCCACUGUGUAUUUACAGCACGUAUUUUUGAGUCUAUCUAUUGCAAAGCACAUUCUGCAUGGGGCACUUCUAGUCAAAUAGGCAAUGAUAAGGAUUUAAUUAAAGUGUAAUGAGUAUAUACUGUUACUUUACAUACAGUAUUUCACUGUUUACAAAGUACUUUCACAUGAUCUCGUUUGGUCCUCACGGUCACAGUGUGAGGCAGACAAGACAAGUGGUUUGGUCCCCAUUUUAUAGAUGAUGAAACAGGCUUUGGGGGGUGGUGGGGAAGGGCAAGUGGCUUGCCCAAGGCCACAGUAAGUAACAGAGCUGGGACUAGAACGUGGGUUCCUGAACUUCUUACCUAAAGCUCUUCCAUACUUCCUCUCUUGACUCCGAAGACAUUGGAAGACAGAGCGAUGGUGUUGGCUAGAGACCUGACUGAUAAUGUAACUUUCUAUUUUAAGGAAGAAUUUUAUCUGUGUUUCUUUGAGUUCUUCAGAGCCUCCAUUCUGCCUGUGGGUUAGACCAUCACAGCAGUGCCCCGUGAUGCGGCCCAGCCUGUGUCUGGAAAGUUGUGCUCAUGUUUGGAAGUCCUGCUCUUUUGCAGCCACACAGAAUCUCCUAUCAGUUUCGUUUCUACAUAAUCAAUCUGGGGUCAUAUUAUAGGUGCCUUAUUUCUGUAAAGGUAAUUAUGUCUAGUAAUCUGCAGAGAGGAUGAAGAGGUUUUUCAGAGCUUUCAUCUUUCAUUCUUCAAAGAGAAGGGCUUUUCAACAGGAACUGAUCCCAAGAGAAGAGAAAGGAAGUCAUAGGGAAAGAAAUGGCUAGUCAACAUACAAAAAGUCUCCUCCUCGUCGGGAUCCCUCUCAUGGAAUUUCCAGACUGAGGUUGAAGCGCUGGAGAGGAAAUAGGUCUAGACAGUACAGAACAGUAAGUGGAGAGUGAAGAUAAAUUGGGGUUCCACUUGCUGCUUUAAAGAUUUCUGGUAUUUAAUUCUCCAUACUUGGUUACUGCUUUCCAAGGCAAGUAUUGGCACAUGUGGUCUGACUACAGGGUAGAGCAUUUGCCGUGAAAUGUCUUGCCACACCUGCAGUAACCAUGUGCUGUCUUUCACAGUGGCUAAAGCCUUCUACUUUUUGCAGGAAAAUAAGAGUCCCAUAAUGGAGGUCCAUGGUGAGUAGCUUUUUUCCUAAUCAAAGUGAUACAAUGAUGGUCUCUUUUCUCACCUUGCAUGUUUAAAAAAAAAAAAAAUCCUUCUGAGUGAGGACUUACUGUAAUAGAGCACAAAAAAAGGUCAUGAUUGAUCAAGGGAUUCCUUGGGCAUAUCUGCUCCUAUCCCUUUUAAAACCUGGUUUUGGUUUCCUCUGUUCUAGGUGCAUCUUUAGUGAGAGCACAAUACAUUGUGGAACACUGUGCCAAAUGCUGUGGGUAAGGGAUGUAAAAACGAAUGUUGUUCAUUUUGAAAAUGAGUAUUUUUCAUGUAAUGUUAUAUAAACACAUUUUUGAAAAGUCUCCAUCUCAGCAAUAUAGGGAAGCCAGCUUUGCCUGGGAAAAAGAGUUUCAAAACACCUGGUCAGACAAGUAUUUCUCCUCCAGAGGAUCUGUGUUUAGCAUGAGCUAACUGCUCUGCUCACUUUAAGGAGAAAGUAUCUGAGGUACUUGUCUUUUCACAGAUUGUUGUGUAUUGAGAAAUACGGAGGACUUUGUUUAUUAUUCGUAAUAAACUUUGAUUAUGGAGCUAAUGAGGGAGUUAGGUGUACUUGACCGUUUCAGGGCUUUCUGAUCUCUAAAUUUUAUUUAUUUAUUUUUUAGUAAUCUGUAUGUGGGUCUCGAACUCCCAGCCCCAGCACCAAGAGUCACAUGGUCUUCCCACUGAGCCAGCCAGGCGCUCCCCCGACCUCUUGAUCUUAAGCAGCCUUAUUUGAACCCCAGAUCUUACGACACUGAGUCCCAUUACUGAACCAGACAGUGUGCUAGGCAUCUAUUAUCAAAGUGUACCUGGCACCUGAGGGCUGUCAUCUGAUAAAACAGAAGACUAGUCAUUUUAAUCUCUUGGGAUAAUCACAGAAAAUGGGAGCCCAUACUCUUUAUUAUUGAAUUCAAGUUUAGAAACAUUGUUUUAAAUCAGGGUGGUUCUUGAUCUCAACCAUUUACUUGGGACAUUUUUGCUGGUUUGGAGUUCUGGGAAAGAACCUUAAAAACUCAUGUGGUUUUGUAGCAUUAUUACAUCUGGAGUGACUGUUGGGUCAAAACACUAGUGGCAAUCGUUUAUUGUGUUUUUGCAUUUCGUGGGAUUUGAAAUAAGAAUUCACUGUGAUUAUGCUGUCUUCUAGCCAGUGUCAGGCACCUCUGCUUUAAUUUGGUUAUUUUUUUCCGAAGAGGGAAAAGAGACACAAUUUAAACUUUGCCUCCACAGCCUAUUAAAGCUCAUGUGUUAAUUCAUUCUUAUGUUACUACAUUAAAUGCCUUGAGUAAGUGGAUAGAUGGACGUAUGCUCAGCUUUAUUCUUUUGCAACAGAAAGAUGAGAUUUCAGAUGCCCUCUGGUGUUUUGGUAAAUCUAAAUGAAUGUUGCCUUUAAUUUGUCCAGUACAUACAUUACCAUGUAAUUCAUGCUGCACACGAAAUCAGGAAGCAGUACAGUGUUGAUGCAAGAGUCUUGUCCAGUUCAUUUGUCUUCCUGAUCCCUGUACUUUAUUCCACGUGUCACUAUUUAUAUCACGUACGUGUGUUUUCUGUAAAAGAAAAAGUUAAAUAAAUCUUGGCAAUUUGA